CCUUUUUUUCUUUGUUUUUUUUUCUUUCUUUAGAAUCACAUCUCGGAAAACAUUUACUUACAACUUUUCAGAAUAAGUUUUGUUUAGGCGAAUGAACUAAAUUCAUACGAAAUAAAAAAGAAAUCGAGAAAACAAAUGAACGCGACAAUCGAUUAGAUAUCGAUUAGGUAUACAGAUACAUUUCAUAUAUACUUUAUAUAUACAUACAUACCUACAUAUAUAUAUAUAUAUAUACACACACAUACUUUCUAAAAUCGUGCUCGUGUCUUGUGUGACAGAAUAAUGAUAAACCGAACAUCUUCCUUUCGUUUACCUUUCUUUAUAACCCAUUAACGCGAAUAUUAUCCGAACACGUUCGCCUUAAAUCGUAAAUUAUAAUCUCGUAAUUGCAAGAAAAGGAAAAAAAAAAGUAAGAAAAAAAAUAGAAGAAAAGGAGAGAGAGAGAGAGAGAGAGAGAGAAGAAAAAAACAACAAAGAAAAACCACUAUACAAUUUGAAAAAAGAGGAAAAAAAAAACAAAGAAAAAACAAAAAAUUUCGAAAGUGAUUACGAUGACCAAAAAAUGCGAGAACUCGUCUAUAUGAAUAUUAAAGGAUAAUAAAUUAAUAUUUCAAAGUAAUGUACGAGACAACAAACGGACAGAAGUAAAUGAUAAGUUAUUUGUCAUGAGUAUCCUUGAAAGUAUCAAUAAACAUAAUAUUACGAUAGUGAACGAGCCCAAGAAUAUUCGUCCCAAUACUUUUUCAAGAAUUUUACGUGAAAUUGAUUACGAGGAAUUAGGCGAAUCGACUUUUAAUAACAAUUAUUCUGAAACUGUUUUUCAUGGUCCUUCGAAAAAUCAUACCAUAGAAAAUGAAAAAGUUAUCUUAUGUGCCGAAAGUGACACCGAAUCGAGGAAGACUAAUCCUGAAAAUUCGAAAACGAAAAAGAAAAAGAAACGAAGAUACUUAACUAUUUGCACAAGUAAUUGCAAAUACGAAGUAGUUAGACGAGUAGCAGCACGAUUUGGUAUGAAGGAAGUGACAGAAGACAGUAGUUGGAAUCUUUAUUGGACCGAUCUCAGUAUCAGUAUUGAACGUGCUAAGGAUAUGAAAAGAUAUCAAAAGGUCAAUCAUUUUCCUGGUAUGACGGAAAUAUGUCGUAAGGAUUUACUUGCCAGAAAUCUUAAUCGCAUGUUGAAACUCUUUCCGAAGGAUUAUAAUUUUUUUCCUAAAACUUGGUGCUUUCCUGCUGACCAUGGCGAUGCCAUUGCCUAUUCGAAAAUACGUCGGGCAAAGACAUAUAUAAUCAAACCGGAUACUGGUUGUCAAGGACGUGGAAUUUAUUUGACCAAAAAUUUGAAGGACAUUAAACCAAGCGAACGCAUGAUCUGCCAAGUCUACAUUUCCAAGCCAUAUUUGAUAGACGGAUAUAAAUUCGAUUUACGUAUCUAUACAUUGAUAACAUCAUGCGAUCCUCUUCGAAUAUAUGUUUACAAUGAUGGUCUAGCAAGAUUUGCUACGAGUAGAUACAAGGAACCAACAGGUCAUAAUACAUCAAACGUUUUUAUGCACUUAACUAAUUAUGCUGUUAACAAACACAGCCGUAUGUACAUUGUUGACGAAGAGAUAGGUAGCAAAAGAAAGAUAUCGACUUUGUUGAAAUGGUUAAGAGUUAAUAAUAUCAACGUUGACGAAUUAUGGAAUAAAAUCGAUGAGAUUAUUAUUAAAACUAUAUUAGCAGCUCAACCUGUUUUAAAACAUAGUUAUCGUACGUGUUUUUCAACACACGAUAGAACAAACGCCUGCUUCGAACUCUUAGGAUUCGACAUUUUACUCGAUUGGAAAUUAAGACCAUAUCUAUUGGAAGUCAAUCAUUCGCCGAGUUUUCAUACGGACGCACAAAUCGACAAGGACGUUAAGGAGUCACUUUUGAACGAUACCUUCGAAAUGUUGAAUCUUCAACAUUGCGACAAAAAGAAGAUCAUAGAGGAGGAUAGAAGACGCGUUAGGGAUAGAUUACUUCAAGGUGUGAUCUUGAAAGAUUUUAGUUCGAACAACGAUAAUACGAUGAUCGGUUUAUUGAAGUCAGAAAAAAACGAACAGGAUUAUAUAGAGAGACAAUUUAAAUGGGAGGAUGAUCAUGUCGGUAAUUUUCGUCGAAUAUAUCCGUCCAUUGGCGACGAUAAAUAUCAACAAUUUUUUAAACAAAAUGGCACGACAGUGUUCCAAGAGACCGCGGCUUCACGUGCACGCGAGGAAGCGUCUAAAGUUCAUAAAGAGGAGAACGAAAUUAAAAUAAAAGAACAGGAGAAUAAAAGGACCAAUGGCAAAUCGUACGAACAAAAACCAAUCCCAGAAAGUCCGAAUGUCCGACAAAAAAAUAAUAACAAUAAACGUUUGGAACAUAAAUCUUUCACAUAUUUCAAAAAUAUCAUACCGCAAAGGCCAUUGCCAAAAAAUUCGAACAAAGUAUUGUCCUCAUUUGAACCAGAGAUAAUAUCAGAAUCCGAGGAAAGAGAAAGGAUAACUGCAUUGGCCCAACGUGAUUUUCUUUUACGAAGUUAUGGCAUAUUAGAACAGAUUUAUAUGGCCAUGAAACAGAACGGUACGCUUAGGGACAAGGACGUUAAAAAAUAUGGCGUAUAUGGGAGAUUGGCAUUGAAAAAUGAAAAAAAUCUAUUCCCUCAAAAAGUUCAUCGUUCGGCUUGUUAAGAGGCAAUGUUAGAUCAUCAUAAUCAUCAUAAUUGUCAUGAACGUCGAUUGAAUCAUUGUUCGUAACGAUUUCGUCCAAACAAAUAAUGGAAAAAAAAGAAAAAAAUGAAUAAAUAAAAUAAAUAAAUAAAAGGAAUGAAAAUGAGAGAAAAAAGAAAAAAAAGAAGAAGACGAAAAUAAUAAUUAAUUGAUUGAUUCAUUGA